AUGACCAAUCAUUUUUGCGCCGAGCAUGCCAACACCCGUCUUACUGUCACGUGGACUCGACCCGGUGUUAGGCAUUUUCACGGGUUGCUUUGCCUAUUACCUUCACGAAACGCAUCCACGCACCGCACCCCCGCCAGACAAACAGCUUGCGGCACUCGUUCAGUGGAAAUGGGCAAAAUGGAAGCGUGAACGGGAGGAAAAGCUGGAUGCGCUCGAGAGAGAGGCAGAAACAUCUUCCAGAGUAGUCGGUUGACCACUUCUGGCUCAGUUAUGCCUUGUGUAUGUCUGGGAUGUAUGCAGUAAUAGCAAUUGGGAAGAGACGCAGAUAUGAUGUUUCUGUGCUGGGUUUGCAACUGGCCACCACCAUUGCACGAGCAGCAGUGGUACCACAACCCCUGCCUCUGGACUGGUUGGUGCCCGUGCGAGUGCAAGUGUAUGGCGCAGGGCUGGUCAAACAAUGUCCGUUGCAUCCACCCAUCGAGAACAAUCAAGAAAAAGACCAGAAACAAGGUAACAGUCAGGUCUGGGUGAUUCACGGCAGAGAAGCGGACAACAUUGAGCUCGCAUGUGAUGCUUGGCAGGGUCAUGUCAUGGUACUCAAGAAUCAAGACCACAUCACGGUAGACUCGCUCGUACCGUUAGCAGAAAUUGACAAUGUUUUAUCGUCAUUGUACUAUGAUCAGAAGAGUAGCACAAGAGGGAUUGAUCCAACAUGCAAAAAUUAUGAGCAGGUGAUACGGCAGGUACACCUACAAACCGCGUCUCAACGCAGAAGCAAGCCUCCCGCGACCGACAAACCUACAGAAGGCGCGCCGGAGCGGAAAGAGUCAACUCAUCGGAAGACUAGCCGGGAGGGUGUCGGAGUAAUGCCUCCGGACACCCGGGAAGAUAUGCGAGUGAUGCGACACUUGGCGCCGAAAACACCGCAAAAAGAUGUGGUAGUGUAA